AUGUGUGAAUCUUACCAUCCUGGCCAGGAUGUUGGAAAAAGGCUCCUGCCUCAUGUAGUGUCGUUCUUAGGAGAAGCCUUUCCAAACGAUAUCUUUGUCAUACAUCACACAGAUGGCGGAUCAGACUACAGUCGCGGAUGGAGCGAAAUCAAGUUCAUGCAGCUUGCUAAAGCCGUCGACUGGACUGCGUGGUGGCUUCAUAACAGAAUCGGUAGCAGCGAUUCCUGCGAGACGAUUGCCUUUAUUGGUUGCAAUGAUGUACGAUAUAGUAUCUUUACCCUCGCCGCUCAGAAGGCGGGUUACGCGACUCUCCUCCCGUCCCCGAGGAACGGACUUGAUGCACACAAACAUUUAGUUAAGGAGACUCAAUGCAAGCACUUCUUUUUCGGAGAAGAACAACGCCUGAGAAUAAAUGUAUUGAAGGAUGGGCUCGAACAUGUCCAGUUCUGCGAGAUCCCGAGCUUGAAUGAUAUGCUUCACGGCGAGUCGAAGAUGUACCCGUUUGACAAAACCUUCGAGCAGGUCUCACAUGAACCUGUGGUCAUCAUACAUAGCUCCGGGACUACAGGGCUUCCAAAGCUCGUUCCACUAUCAAAUGGAUAUCUCAGUGUCCAGGACCGUCAGUCAUGUUUGCCACCAAGCAAGGAUGGUCGCUGGGCGAUCUACUCACACCCUGACCCCAGCGAGAGAAUCUUUUCGAUGACCCCAAUGUUCCAUCUCAUGGCGUAUUGGCAGUUUCAAGAGUCAAUCUUCCAUCGAGUACCAGUGGUCCUGGCUCCCGAGGUACCACUAACAGCAGACAUCCUAAACGAUAUUCACCUUGUUGCUAAACCCACACUCACUUCAUUUCCCCCGUCAAUGUUGGAAGAUCUGAGCGGAACACCGGAAGGUAUCAAGGCUGUUUCUCAAUUUCGAACACUGAUGUUCGGAGGGGCACCGCUCUCUACCGAUGUUGGACAAAAAAUCAGCCAAGUUACCGGAUUAUGCACGAUAUACGGUACGAGCGAGAUCGGGGUGCCACCUAUCCUCAAGCCACAAGCGAGAGAAGACUGGAACUAUCUCGAAUUUCAUUCUGAAUAUGGGAUCGAGUUUGAGCCUACGGACGGUGACCACUACGAGGCAGUCAUUCGACGUCGUCCGGGGAAUCUGGCUGCUGUGUUCUACAGCUUCCCAGACGUUGAGGAGUACCGUACUCAAGAUCUAUUCACUAAGCACCCUAGCAGAGAAGGACUAUGGCUUUAUCGAGGGCGAAAUGACGACGUAAUAGUCCUGAACAAUGGCGAAAAAUUCAAUCCUAUCCUCGUCGAGAAGUGUAUUGAAGAGCAUUCAGCUGUCAAUCGAGCGGUGGUUAUUGGACAGGGUCGCUUCCAAUCACUGCUUCUGCUUCAACCGGAAUGGGGGAACUGGCAUUAUCUCUCGACCGAAGAGUUUGUUGAGGAUGUAUGGCCAGUGGUCGAGCGAGCAAACAGCUUGGUGGCUAACCAUGGUCGUGUAAUGAAAACACAUAUCGUGGUGGGUUCCAGGACGACCCCAUUUCAAACGACACCCAAAGGUAACAUUAAACGGAAAAACGUCGAGCAAGAUUACUUCUCAGAGAUCGAAUCGGCGUACUCCCGGAUCAAAUAUGACAUAGGUGUGCGCUUGUCAGAGAGACCGGACUAUGAUGAGGUUGAGAGUAUGGUGUUCAAGGCAGUCUCACAAUUAUUGACUGUGUCCAAUGUCUCCGCGUCAUCAGAUCUAUACUCGACAGGUCUUGAUUCUCUCCAGAAUCUUCAGCUUGUCAGAAGGCUCCAAAGUGCUGUCCGACCGUUUGGGAGAGAUAAGGAAAGUCGAAUCACACCCGCUGCUCUGUACAGUGUCCCAACAGUAGCAAAGAUAUCAACAUAUGUUUUGGACAUAAUCGAAAACUCCGGGACGAACAGGGUCGACCCCAAUGACCGCGAUAUUAAAGAUAUUGGGACCACGAUUCAAGACUUGGUUGAAAAGUAUAUCAAAGAUAUUCCAAAGCGGUCACUGUCGCUUCCAGACCGCCUGGGUCGGCGGACAGUCCUGAUCACCGGCAGUACGGGAUAUCUAGGAUCUUAUGUUCUUCAUCAUCUGAUUCAAGAUGUGACAAUCACUCACAUUUAUUGCCUAAACAGAUCAGGAGAUGCUUUCUCCAAAGCUUGUCAGAGCUUUGUGGAGAAGAGCUUGGACUUUUCUCGUAGUGCUCAGGCAAAGGUGACUUUUUGGCAAUCCUCGUUUGGUGAAAAACAGCUUGGAUUGUCAGAUGAGCAGUACGAUACAUUGAGGGGCGCGGUCGACGUUGUGAUCCACAACGCUUGGAAGGUGGACUUUAACCACCAACUAGAAUCAUUUGAGGAUACACAUAUCCGUGGCAUUCGCAAUUUCGUGGAUUUUGCAAUCCAGAGCCCCAAAUUGCCUCACCUCGUCUUUAUCUCAUCUCAAUCAACAGUCGGCAGAUGGGCGGAUCACCACGGACCUUCUAUUCCCGAACAACCACACGCCAAUCCAGACGUGGCCGCACGAACCGGCUAUGGCCUGUCCAAGUACACCGCAGAGCGAAUCCUACACACCGUCUCCGAGAGGACUGGUUUACCAACUACUAUCAUCCGGAUAGGACAAAUUGGAGGGCCCCUGGCUGGCACAGGUGCUUGGAGCGUGCAAGACUGGGUUCCCACCGUGAUAAGAACCUCCAAGACCAUGCGACAGGUACCCCUGAGUCUCUCCUAUAUUCCCAUCGACUGGAUCCCAGUGGACUGUCUGGCAAGAAUAGUUUCUGAGAUUGUGGAAACACGACUUUCCUCGGAACUCGAGAUCCCAUGUGAUGUUUUCCAUCUUGUCAAUCCACGAAAGACAAGCUGGAGAUCCCUGUUGCCCGCAAUUCACCGUCAAUUUGCCGCUCGAGCUGUUUCGUUCGAAGCAUGGGUGGAAUCUCUACGUUCUAUCGAGAUUACCGACGACUCAGUAACCGAGAUGCCGGCUCUUAAACUACUGGACUUUCUACAAAAUAUGGCCGCUCAGCAAGAUUACAAACCCCCACCUUUGGAGACGGUUCGAGCGCAGAUGGCCAGUCGGACUAUGCGAGAACUACCCCCGGUAGAUGAAGCACUUUUGGAGCUAUAUCUACGCCAGUGGAAGCUAUAG